AUGAAUAUAUCAGUAAUAGUAGUUAGAGGACAACAACCAGAAGCAGGAAAGUUCUAUCGAUUCUUUGAUACAACUCUCGGUAGAUGUAUACAAAGUCCAGCGGUUAGAGGUCAACCGAUAGAAUUAGCGGUUUGCUCCUCCGAGAAUCUCUAUCAAAAUUGGCUAUAUACAUUUCAAGGUCAAUUGUUCAAUCCGCAAUCAAGACUAUGCUUGUCAAUCGAUGGUCAAUCGACGCUUGCAAUUGCCAAAGGUUGCACAGUAGCACCUGUUUUCGAAUGGGAGAUAAUCAAGUUCCCUAACAACACAGAUUUAUUCCACAUUUCAAAUAGUUUUUUACAACCACAACAGUGUAUGUCAUCACUCUCUGAUGGUGUUUCACUUGGGCUAGCCAAUUGUGCAGCAUUAAAACCUUCAACCAAUUCAUAUGGAAUGAAUCAAUUAUAUACAAAUUAUAAUAGUAUCAAUUUACCACCAGUUACAGAUACAAAUUCAAUUCCAUUGACAACAGGAGCAAGCCUGAAAGUUGGUACAAUUAUGAGUGCUGGUUUUACAAUGACUGUAAACGAUUAUAGUUUUGUUCUAAAGUUUGAUGGAAUGUUUGUUUUAUAUGAUCCCAAAGGACAGAUUGUUUGGUCAUCCGACAUUUCAGGAAACUACAAGAAUGAUACUGGUGGUUAUGGUACAUUUGAUGGUGAUGGAAAUCUUUGUAGUUAUGAUUCUAUGCACUCAAUAGAAUUCUGUACAUCAUUAAAUUUUCUAGGAGGUUACAAUUUAAACCUUCUACCUGCAGGAUCAUAUGGAAGACCUUGGGGUAUUGUCAUUCAAAAUCAACUUGGAAAGAUGAUUUGGGGAAGAUUUGGAACUAGUACAACCAGAGCUGGAUUCUAUUCAUUGAUUCCUGGAAGUUUCUUGGACAGUCAAUCAAAGACAAACAACAUUCUCCACCCAGGUCAAUUCAUUACCAAUGGACAUAAUUAUUUAACGAUUACAGAUAAGGCAGAAACUCAAUUAUGGGUUGAUAAUCCAUUUACUAUUGGAAAAAACGCUAUAACACAUGGACCAUAUUUUUUUACAAUUCAAGCUGAUGGUAAUGUUUGUGCAAAUGGAUAUUAUUCAUAUGGACUUGCAGGUGUUUGGUGCGUAUAUGGAGCUGAUGUCACAUUCUCAAGAUAUGUCUUCGUUACUCCCCAUGACGGAGAUAGUUCUCAUUGGGGAUUCAUGUCUCAUAACGGUACAAUCCCAGGUUUUGCAGUAUUUAGUCCACCACCUCCAAACUCUCCAAAUGCAGUGAGACAAGGACAAGUCUUUGGAAAUCCAUAUAAAUCGAUCACCAAUGGAAUCAUUAAAGUAACAAGAGCUGCCAAUCUUGAAACAAAGAUAACUUAUUUGAGUAUCGACGAACCAGAUACUAUUUUAAUACCAUCUUAUCAAGGAUUUUACAAUACUGCAAUCUGGCAGACCUAUUUUUAUUAUAUUAGAGCCGACAGUUUCAAUGGUACCAUAUCCUACAUCUAUACAACAGAGUCAUACUGUGCCGAUUGGUUUAAUCGUCUACAACCACCCAACAGUCUAAACUUUUUAGUUGCAAUGCCUGGAAUGCCUGAAUUUAUGUUGAUCAAUUCAAGAGGUUACAUGAUAUGGAGUGCAACCAGAGAUGGUUUUAAAGAAGUAAUUACCAUUUAG